AUGGAUUCUUUCACACACAAGCUCUGUGUCACUAAGUUACACCCCCAGAUGUGUCAUUUCAUUUUAAGAGAGAACCAACUGCAAGUUAGGAAAAGGGUUGAGAAACAUGACCCCAGUUACUGGAAAAUGGACAAGUUGGUCAAGUUCCUGGAAAAAGCAGCUCUGAUCCACCCAAUACCAGGGAGGGAGGGAAGGAGAGAGUGUGUGAGUGCGCACGCGCGCUGUACCAGUCUUGUGAUUCGUGGUGAUAAAGAUGAGCAAGCUGUGCUGUGCAGUAGAGACAAAACCUACGACUUGAAGAUAGCAGACACUUCGAAUAUGUUGCUUUUCAUCCCUGGUUGUAAAACCCCAGACCAGCUGAAGAAGGAAGAAUCACCACACAGCAUUGUGCACACUGAGAUCUUUGGUUUUUCUAACAAUUAUUGGGAAUUAAGAAGAUGCAGACCUAAAUUAAAGAAGCUAAAGAAACUUCUGAUGGAAAAUACCUACGAAGGACCUGACAGUGAAAAAGAAGGUGAUUUGAGUCGCUCAAAAUAUACAACUGAAGAUUUGCUUGAUAAAAUCCAAGCAAGUGAAGAAGAAAUAAUGACCCAGUUGCAAGUUCUAAAUGCCUGUGAGAUUGGAGGUUAUUGGAGGAUUCUUGAAUUCGAUUAUGAGAUGAAACUUCUCAGCCAUAUAACUCAGCUUGUGGAUUCAGAAUCUUGGUCUUUUAAUAAAGUUCCUUUGAACAUAUGCCUUCAGGAACUUGGACCAUUGGAGCCAGAAGAAAUGAUAGAGCACUGUCUUAAAUGUUAUGGAAAGAAAUAUACAGAUGAAGGUGAAAUUUACUUUGAAUUAAAUGCUGAUAAGAUAUGCAGAGCCACAGCACAAAUGUUACUUCAGAAUGCAGUGAAAUUUAAUCUUGCUGAGUUUCAAGAAGUGUGGCAACAGAGUGUUCCUGAAGGAAUGGUGACCAGACUUGACCAGCUCAAGGGUUUAGCACUGGUGGAUAGACACUCAAGACCGGAAAUCAUAUUUUUGCUGAAAGUAGAUGAUUUGCCUGAGGGAAAUCAGGAACGUUUUAAUAGCCUAUUCUCACUAAGGGAGAAAUGGACAGAAGAAGAUAUUGUUCCAUAUAUCCAAGAUUUGUGCGGAGAAAAGCAAACCACAGGUGCAUUGCUCACUAAAUAUUCUCGUUCUUCUAUGCAAAAUGGAGUUAAAGUUUAUAAUUCCAGACGACUUAUUUCUUGAAAGACCAAUUUUCUUUUCUUUGGGAUUAAAUUGUUUUAUAAAGAUACUGGAUAUAAGAAAAAUAUUCUCAUCUGUAUUUUAUUCCUCAAUUUUUAACCUACCCCUUGAAUUCAUUUUAAACAUCUUAAUACUAGUAUAAUUUUUUUUUGUUUCUGGAAGACAACAGGAUAUUUCUUUACUUCCACUUUUUAAAUUGUCUUCAAAUAGUUAUACAGGAGGGUUUCAGUUGAAAAUGUCCAUUGCUGUGAACAGUGCAUCUUGUUCAGUGUCACUCCAUCCUUUCACCAUUCUUCCCCAUCUAUCCCAUCGCCACACAUCCUCAAGUUUCCUAGUUCCAUUUUCUCAUAUGUACACUGAGUGUUAUGACUGUAUUUGCCCACUAUUUCUUUCUCCAUUCAUUUGCCCUCUUCCUCUUAGUUCUUUCCCGCUCUGAGAAGGUAUAUUUGAUUAGGAUAUUUCUAUAUCCUUCAGAUUAUAGUUAUACUAUGUACACUGCACACAAACAAAAGAAUUACUUUGUGUACUUAAUAUGUCUGAGGUAGGUAUACAUAGUUCUUUUUAUCCAAAGAAUUUU